CUGUAUUACUUAGUAUAUACAUAUAUAUAUCUUCCGCGUUUAAUUUGCCUUUAAAAACUCUAAUUUCGUUAGGGCACCGAUUUUACAAAUUCAUAUUCAUAUGAAAUCAUAGUUUUCAAUCAGUAAUUGUUUGAUUUUUGGAAAGAGCACUGUAGUUGAUGUUCUUCUUCUUUCACAAAGCCACAAUCUGUUGGAACGCCUAACAAAAAGCGUUUUGAAUUGAAUUUUUUCAAAGAGCCACAAAAUGCCUUUAAAUCUCACCCGUGAAUCCGCACGAGAACUCUGUUGCACAUGCCUGCUCCAAUUGGAAAAGGAACCCUUGAAGACAGAACUCCAAUCAGACGAGAUUCCAAUCAGCCAGGAGCUGCAGCAGCUGCUCAACAUAAAUCUAUCGCAGGAUGUGGAGAACCAGGACGCCGACCAGCAGUGGCUGCCCAACGAACUGUGCUUGGAAUGCCGCAGAGCAGUGCAAAAUUUCGAAAAGUUCCGCAGGAAAGCCGAGGAGUGCAGAAAGCAGCUGCUGGAAAUGCUGAAGAAAGACGCACGGGAACCCACUUUCGAAGUGGUCUACGACGGCAGGGAGGAGGACCAAGAAUCUCUGCAUAGUCUGGAACCACCUGAACCUGCUCCCGACCCAGAUCCCAUCAAUGAGCCGGCUAUAAAGAGGAAUAAGUCCCCCCGAAAGUCCUUCAGGGGAUCAAGGAACACUCUGAAGUGUUCAGUGUGCCGGCACAGCUUUGCCCACCAGAUCACCCUAGCAGCACACAUCCGCAAGGUGCACGAGGGCAGCAAAAGGCCCUUCCAAUGCGAUCAGUGCGAGAAGGCCUACAGUUUCAUGGGCGGUCUGUAUACCCACAUUCGAGAGGUGCAUGCCCCCAAGGAGCGACGCCAUCCCUGCGACCAGCCAGGCUGCGAGAGGAUCUACACCAGCCGCAUAGCCAUGCAGAAGCACAAAAGGCUGAAGCACAGUCCGCGCGACCGCGAUGCCUUGAAGAAAUUCAUUUGCGAGCAGUGCGGAGCCAGCUUUAACCAGUCGGCGAAUCUUAAGUACCAUCUUAAGACAAAGCAUCCCACGGAGGACGAGGUGGCUGCCAGGGAGGGCGGCGCCGGAGAACGCCAUUUCUGUGACAUUUGUCAAAAGGAGUUCCAUUCCCGAUACACCCUCAAGUACCACACUUUGCAGCAGCACGAGGUGCAGGAAGAGUUGCCCCACGAAUGCCAGGUCUGUGGCCGCCGAAUGGCCAAGAAGUUCAUGCUGCUGCAGCACAUGCUGAUGCACUCGAGCGACAAGUUGCCCUGCGAGCACUGCGGCAGAAGAUUUGCCAGGCGAUUCGAGCUCGAAGCCCACGUGAGAGCGGUCCACUUAAAGCUGAAACCCUUUCCCUGUCACCACUGUCCGGAGAGCUUUGCUUCGAGGAAAACCCUGCGGCACCAUGAGUACAUACACACGGGUGAGAAGCCCUACAUUUGCGACACCUGCGGACAGGCCUUCCGGCAGCAGACGUGUCUUAAAAACCACCGGAAGGUGCACGAGAAAUAGUUUUAGCUAGCCUUAGUUGAAUAGAUUUUUAAAUAGACUGAUUAAGUGGAAA